CGGGGCUCUCGGAACCAUCAAUGAUUUCUGCUCGCUGAACUUGCGACAGUGAGAAAACAAAUUGCUGGUUCAGACACAAUUCCGGAAUUCAUUUGCUCAGGACUUUACCAGCAGCAGAGCUCGCUCGAGGAAACAAUCAAGCAAUCAACUAAACGACUAACAUGAGCUUCAAGACAAUCCUUUACGUGUUGGCCUUGUUGGCAUCUGUCAGCAGCACCUCGGCGCAACUUCCCAGUAUUAAUUUUGAUUUCGCCAACGCCACUAGCGGUGUUAUCGAUGAACUUGGCGUUGCAUUGAGCAAUGUUCAGUGUGCCGAAGAUACACGUGCAGAGUCACAGUGCAACAAAGCUCCUUUCUCUGGAACCUACGUCUGUCGUGAAUUCGGAACACUCUUCGGAAGCUCCGUCAAGCGUUCUAUCUGUGCAACAAACAUUGUGCAGGGUCUUACUUUGGGAUUGAGCACGGAUACAUGCGGACCCUGCCCAGAUACAGCGCCACAAGUUUGCCAAUGCGCUUGCGGAGAUAACAAAGUCAUGGUCAAGGGAACCUUCUUCUUUGGUCGCGUCAACCUUAACCGCUGUGUCACCAAUGGAUUGUCACAACACAUGACUGCCUGGGGUGGGGCAGUGUCAUGCGACGAUGGCUGUACCACUGCUGCCGAGGGUAACACUGCUGCCGAGGAAGAACCCUAAAACACUUGGUUCGAAUCUCAACACAACGCUGUGGUGGACCGGAUUGAAAUGGACAAUGAUGUACUGUUGUUGGAGAAAAAGCAUGCAUCAUGGCAAGUGGAUACGGCGAGGAAAGGAUACUCAGAUGGGAUCAUUGUUUGAUCUCAUUUUGACUGAAUGUAAAGAAGAGUCAGCAUAGUCAUAUAAAAUAAGAAACAAGGCGUCUGUUCCAUUAGCUACAUGUAAUCAAUAAGAAACUCCUCCAUGCAUCAAAACAUGCUUCUCUGGCUU